UUCAAAAAAGCAGUAAACUUUUCUUCAAAUAUUUCUUCUUUGUUCCUAUUUCUAACAUAGUAUCAGAGUGAUAAGCUCAUGGUUCUUUUCUCCUAUCAUCGUUGUUUGGUUUUUGGAGUUGGAUCUUUAAUUCCAUUCCAGAUUUGAAACUUUGUCAUUAGGUUUCCUCUUCCUAUAGAUUGGAUUGUUUAUCCUCGAUUCUUAAGGUCUUUCUAAGAUACAUCUGAUGAACUCUACAAUGCCUGACCGCAUGCUCCACCCAAUUCUAGAAAAGAUGAUCUGCCUGCUGGCACGCUUGGUUGCCAAGGGUUUUACACAAGAGUAUGGAAUAGACUAUGAGGAAACUUUUGCUCCAAUUGCUUGUCUCACAUCUGUGCACAAUUUGCUUGCUAUUGCUGCUAUACAGAAAUGGAAAUUGUUUCAAAUGGAUGUGAAAAAUGCUUUUCUUAAUGGGCUUGAAGUCACCUCUUCCAAUGAUGGUUACUUGCUAUCUCAAGUAAAGUAUGCCUUUGAUCUUGUUUCUAAAGCUGAACUCAAUGAUGAUAAGAGUGUUUCUACACCUCUUGAACCUAUUGUCAAGCUUCCACCUAUGGAUGACUCUCCACUUUUUUAUCCUACUCAAUAUCGGCAAUUGGUUGGUAGUCUAGUUUAUCUUACCAUGACACGCCCUGGUAUAGCAUAUGCAGUUUACAUCGUUAGUCAGUUUAUGGUUGCUCCUCGCUCCACUCAUUAUGCAACAAUACUUCGCAUCAUUCGCUAUGUUAAAGGAACAUUGUUUCAUGAACUCCAUUUUUCUACCAACUCUUCCCCUGUGCUUCGUGCUUACUCUAAUGCUGAUUGGGCUGGUGAUCUUUCAUAUCGUAGAUCUACCACUGGUUAUUGUCUUUUCCUUAGUAAUUCUCUUAUCUCUUAGCAGAGUAAGAAACAAACUAUUCCAUCUUACUCUAGUACUGAAGCUGAGUAUGAAGCUCUCAAUGAUACCACAUCAGAACUUCUUUCAUUACAAUGGCUUCUUGAAGAUAUGGGUAUUCCUCAACUUUCUUCUACUGAUUUAUAUUGUGAUAAUCAAAAUGCUAUGCAAAU